GGCAUUUAAGAGUAAAUAAACGUCUUUUCUUCAUCCAACCGAUGGAUAAGAAUUUUAAAAUUGCUUUAAAGAAUUCACAGCGCGACUUAAUGAAAAUGACGUUACGCUAUUAAUACAAUGGUUCAACCUCCGCGCAGAUAUUUUACUGGAACCAGCAUAGCUGGUUCAAAUGUAUGUCAUUGAAUGUGAAGGAAUGGAACGAAAAUUGCGUGGAGAUUCAAAUUGGUGAUCAUCGCGUACCUCCGUAAGAGGAUUUAAACAAUAAAAUUAAUCGUCUCUGAUCCAGAGUGUGGUAAACAGUUCGACAAUUAGUGUGCUUUAGCCUCUGCUACCUGGAGUUGCUUCCCUUGACACUUCUCCAGUAUGGCGGAUGUUUUGAAACAUGUUCGGACAAAUUGACUUAAAAUAAAAAGGCCAUGUUUUAAAUGAUCGGACACAAAACCAUGGCAGAAACAUUGAGACAAGAUAUCGAUUUUAAUUCGCUGUUUAAGAAAUUAGGUCACCAUUUAGAUGAAAUAAGAGUGAGAGCACUAGAAAACAUCUUGUCCAAGUUGGAACAUAAGCUGAUUUGCGACUCGGACCUCGUCCAAGAGAGACACCUGUUUAUAAGGCUGCUAGAAUGGUUCAAUUUUCCGAAGUCAUCAAGGCACUCUGAUGUGCUGAACCUGUUUCUUAGGCUGUCACAGCAUACAUCAGCCGCAGAGACUAUUCAGGACAUAGGCGGCAUAGAGUUCCUGACUCUGCUACGCAAGGAUGUGGCCAGCAGUCUUCAGCCAUUGGUCGACCAGAUCUUGGAGAACUGCAUGAGACUGCCGGAUGUCGACGUGGGACUGGAUCAUGCGCCCGAAUGUAUUUACCAAAGACACGACCAUACAGGAGCAGGGGAGACAACAGUGGAAACCAUGGCAACGAGACUUACCCAGGACUGCUCCCUGGACCCUAGCAGCCGACAUGCUCCAUCAGAAGUGGGUUUGAAGCUCCCCAAUUACCGAGAGCCGCCCCUUGGGUUCUUCCAGGGUGAUGCCCAAGUAUCGACCAAUCAGCUGCCACCUACUGAUCUACCAGUCCACGUCAACGUAGGCACUGAUUGCAGCAGCUGUUUCCGGAUGACAAUAUUCCCUUGGCUUCCCCUCACACCCACCGAUAGACAUGUGAUCUCUUCCACCAACAGCUCCCUGCAGAGUCGUGAGGGGGCCAUGCUGGUGAGCACCUGUGAGUUCCUCAGUGACGUCGUGUUCCAAGACUUCCCCGCGGAGAUAUUCCUCCAGAGACCCAACAUCAUCAAGAACCUGAUCUCGCUGCUCAGUGGUCCUUUGCGAGACCAGGGUGCCCCCCGACUGGCUGCGAUACAUACACUCGGGGACUACAUGGCGUGUUUGCGCAGCAAGAUACGCUGUCACCAGGACCCCAACCUUUACACUGUCAAACAAGAUUUCAGUACCACCCCAUCCCCGUUCUCCACUCCCAGUAGCUCCUCCUCAGCCAAUCAGAAUGCAGGGGAUGGCAGGCCCUCUGUGAUUGGCUGGACUGAUCCACGGCCACGCGGUGACGGAAGGGAUGGGGAUACAUCAGCUUCUUCAACUGGGACCUCACGGGCCUCCAGCGUAGGUCUCAGUCCAGUGGACGGCCUUGACCCUGGCAUCGACCUUGAAGACACGCCCUCCCUUCAGUACAUGCAGGUCACCUUGCCUCAGUUAUGCGCUCUUGUCCUGCAGAAGGCCUUGCCCCUGCUUGGGACCCCGGAUGAGGCCCUUACUAACGAGGUGUUUUACCUUUUGAACCUGACCCUUGAUAUCGUUGCCGUGGUGGUGACCCCUGACCUAUGGCAAGACCAGUCCAUGGCUGCUAGAGAAUGUAGUGAAAAGUUCAUUGAAAGCCUCGACAUGAUAGCUGACCUUUUGAAAUCCCAUCACCAUGGUAACGCCCCGUAUGACCCGGAGAGUAGUCCGGACCAGGGCCCAGAGGACCUGGUGCAACACAGGCUGUGCGUGCUGGGGCUGCAUGUGCUGCUGUGUAGAUUCUUGAAGACCCUGGUGCCUGUAAACAUGAGUCAAGGCAUUGUGUCAGAGAGACUUCUCUCCAUGAUGAACAUCCUCGUGUAUGAUGAGAGCCUUAGCAACACGUUCCCGGACCUUCAACUUCUGUUGCUAGGUUACCUGCAGCAGCUGGAUGUGGGCCGCUUCAACGUCUACGUCUCAACGGCAACCAUAUGCCAGUCGUUGCAGAAGACUUGUAAAUUCAUGACCCUCGCUCAAGAAGAGGCCUCUCGCCUAUCCAAGGACACUUUAAGCCUGUGCGAGGGAGCCUUUGACAGCCUGCCAUAUCACAGACACAUGGCCUAUGUCACGGAGACAGUCAGGCUGUGCUCAGAUAUUUGUGCCCGGUCCCAGCACUACGAGACCCAGAAGUCCCACUACAGGAAGCUGGUCCUACAGCUGCUGUCACACCCCAUAGACAAGAUACGCCUCUGUGGCUAUAGCAACGUCCUUCAGGUUGUCAAGAGUAGUUUAAGCGUUAUGAAAGCCUGUGAACCAGGGUCUACAUCCAGUGAAAAGGCAAAGUUCCUACUGAACUCUGAUAUCCUAUAUGAGAUUGUGCAGUUCGGGCUGGCCGACAAAGAUGAUCAAGUGUCUGGUGUUGCCUCUGACCUAGUGACCCACUUACUGAAGAGUCAGCUACUGAUGCCUGCAGACAUGUGGCAGCGUUUUAUGAAGGAACUCAUGAGGGGACUUCCCAUUCUACAGUCAUACGCCAGUCUGAACACCGUGCUGGGCACCUCCAUUCUGUCCAUGCUGGAUACGACCUCCAGCAGUAGGCCCGGGGAGCUGACCAGGACUGAUAAACUGAGGGGCACACUCAGGUGUAUGCUGUCAGCUGAUAUCAAGGUGAGAUCAGAGGCAUUAAAAAGGCUGUCAUGGUAUCUGUCAACUGAAGACGGAAGCUCUCGCAAGCUGCCGACAUUCUCAGAGUUGGAUGUCUCCCACCUGUCCAACCUGCUGAUUGUGGACACACCGCGCUCAGUGGACGAAGACCUUGGCAGAUCUGUCUUCCAGGUGGACGGCCUUCGUAAAGUGUAUGAGAUUUUCACAACUUUAUCUGCGGAUCCAAGUGUCAAGAAAUCAGCAGCUGACCAGCUGGCUAUUAUUCUGCAAGAUCCGUCCCUGCAUGGGGCCUUUAAGAAGGAUGGAGGCGUGGAGAAGAUUCUGGAACAUAUACAGCUUGGAACCAUGAAGGACGGGGACUCAAAUAUGAACUCUACCAUGCAGUACCUGCCAGCCUGCAUGACAAUACUGAGACACCUGGUGCAUAAUGACUACACCCUCAGACACAAACUGGCGCAUGACGCAAGUCUCUAUCUCACCCUUUUUAGAGUUGGUUUGCUGUUCUCGAGAGAUGACAGAACGUGCUACGAGGUGUCACAUCUGCUCACUUUGCUGCUCUUUGAUGAACAGGCUCGCUUCCAUGUGAGUGGUUCAAAGAAUUCGACCUUUUCUGUGCCACAUAUUCUGAAGAUCAGAUAUAAGCUGCCAUUCCGCCCCGCCACUCAGCCGGAUACCAGCCCCCAUGCCCCCCUGGCCCCUAUGGACCCUGACCCCCUGGUGACGGGCGAGCCACUGGAGAUGAUGAGGGUCACUUGGAAUGUGGCGUGGAACGCUGGCAUGGACACCCUUGUGGAGGGCUUGGGCAAAGCCAGGCAGGGCAGCGAUAGUGACCUAGAGUUUUCUGCUAAACUACGUCUCACUCCAACAGACAAGAUCAUAUUGAAAACCAGCCAUCUUAAACAGGGACUGCAGUCGGCCAUCCAUGAUAUCACCAACUCGACCUCCCACUACGCAGUUCAGAGGUCACUUAGGCGUCUCCUUAGUUACCUGGUUGUCAGGGGCGACGCAGAGGUCAUGAAUGUUUUCCAUACAUUAGACUGGUGUGGCGCUUUAGCUAGAUUUGUGAAGGUCACACCUUCAUCAAUAGCGGACGAGAAUCUUUUAUUAGAUAUUCUGAGAUUUAACAGCCUUGUUUUGAGACUGACCAAUCAUGCGCCAGAUAACAUCCUGCAGUGGAUUGGGGAGAUACUCUAUCAUCCAAAAGGCCCUCUGAUUGGUCUGUUACACAGGCAGACUGCUAGAGAGGUUCCUGAUGAAGGGUCAGAUAAUCUUGUUAGUGUGAAAAGGUCCUUGGACAAGGCUCUUCUUGCAUUUAUCUCGGAAUACAAUAGUUCUCUCCCUUACCAGCUGACUGUCAGAUUAAAGUUCCACCAGCUGCGAGGUGACCUUGUACAUCGGCUGAUCCAGCGUCUGAAUGUGACGGAGGCCCCACACUUCUAUAACCUGGCAUCGCUGGAGGGAACACUUCUCUGCCUUAUGCACAUCACAGCUAGACCUGGUUGGAGCACAGAGUGCACGGACCAGGAUGGCCUGGCGCUGCGCAGGAACGUGCUGGGCUGCCUGCUGGAGGUGGUGAGUGCGUUCCAUGUUGGCCGCGGGGGCACCUCAAUGUCCUUCAUGGGCAAGGGCGUUACCAAGGCGGCCACGCUGUGCUUGAGGAAUCUCUCCUAUGAAAUGGCUACCCUUGCUGAUGAUAAGACCUGGACUAAGAGCUGGUUGUACAGUCGUCACAGUGGAGGCCUCUCCAGUGAGUCAGGCUUGGACUGGAUGUUGACCUUGUGGGCCUACAGGGAUGCAGAGGUGCGCACGGCCGGACUGGGGAUAGCAGUGACCUUGAGUUGCGUGGAGGAAGGCCGUCUGCUACUCACCACCAACUGUAAACAUAUCCCAGGAGGCAUCUGGGCCGCCGCCUUCAGCCUCCUCCUGGACCAAUCAGAAUGCAGCAUGGUCAGACAGCAGGCUGCCCUGCUCCUGGUCAACCUUACAUCGACCCCUCUACCAAGCGGCUCUACGGAGACUGACCACGGCACCUGGCAUGGUCCGGUCGUUAUGGAUACCGAGUACCAGGUCUCUCUGACGGGUCUCACAGCCCUGCUGGCCCUACUGCACCACUGCCAGUUCUACCGUGAGAUGACCCUGCUGCUGUCCAGCUACUAUACCCAGCCCACCAUUCAGCCCUCGGUGACUUCAGAGCUCUAUCAGCUGUCUGCUUCCACAUCCGAGAAUACGCUGUCUGUUUUAGCUGAUGCUGGGCUGGUACCAAGGCCUGGCAGUGCCUCCCACCUCAACACCAUGUCCCUGCUACAGUCAUCAGGCGUGUCGUCACUACGAGGACUAGAGCGUCCAGGGGUCAUAGGGUCGGCUAAUCCAUCUGCUGGCAACCAGACCCCAGGCAGUUCUAAUGCUACCUCCCCGACUACCUCCCGACAACAGGAUACUAGGCAGGGAGGCAACUCUAGGACAGUUGCUGGAAGGGAGACAACUCCAGACCAGAAUGUGACCACACCUUGCCUGGUGUCGGCCGUUUCCCAGCUUGUUCGUAACCUUAUGAUACAGGCCCCACAGAACACAGUGACCGCUUUGAAAAAUGAGUCCCUCGUACCUUUCUUUGUAAGCAUGCUGGAUGCUGGCUUCCUGGAAGGCAUACAGGUGUUGACCGGGUCCCCCCAGCUGGAGUUGUUCUUCACAGAGCUGGUGGAGAUGCACAUAAGCAUCCUGCGUCUGCUACAGACCAGCCUCGUACACGACCCAACAAUGCGCAUGGAGAUCCUGCAGGACCAUGUGGCCCUUGGGGGAGUUGUCUCCCUGUUCAGAAUACACUCUAAAGUGUCCGAGGACACACGUGCUACAUGCAGUGAGCUGUGGGAGGCGGUGCUCUCUUUUCUCACCACGCUGCUUCAAAUGCAGGGAGGUCCUGCUGUGGAGGUGCUUGCCAUAGUGCUCAGUAAACAGUGGGAGCCAAUCACAGACUGCAUUCAGCGUAUCUUGGAUGGUGAGUUUGCAAGCCGCACUCUGUACGUGAUGUGUGUAGACUUCCUGUGUGUGCUUUGUGCUGAGGAAGGCAAACUGCAGGCUCGCCUGGGCAACGAGAAACAGGGGAGGGAAUCCCUGACCAAGCUGCUCAACCUCCCAAGAGGUUCAGACACAGAAAAUACAGAAUCUGGUCAAGUGACAGGAGGCUCAAGCUUCUGCAAGUCCCUGAUAGCUUCCUGUGACCAGUUCAUCCUCCGCAAGCAGGAGAGCUCACAUUCAGGGGAGAGAAUCCAUGUGAUUUCUGCAUUGAAAUGUCUGCUGGCCAUAUCACAGAGUGCCAAGGCUAAAGCUCUGGAACUGGGUCUGGUUGAGAACCUCAUGGAGCAUGUGAAGCAGACGCAUUCCAAGCUCAACUUGACCUCCCUGCAGACCAAUAAGCAGGGGUCAAAGGUCAAAGACGAGCCUGCAGUUCAGGAACUUAUUCUGACCUUUGACCUGUUGAGAAAUUUCAUGUACAGAAAUGAUGAUGUGAAGAUGGCCUGCUACCACUGCGGCCUCCACAGCCUGCUACAUCGCCUCUGGUCUUGGUGUCAGCUAGAUACGGGUCUCAUGGCCUGUGCCGUGGCCCUGCUCACCACGUACACAGCUUCCUGUCCAGCUGCUACCAGCUCCUUAGCCUACACCAGCCUAGGGGUCACACAGGGGUUGCCCCAGGGCAAGUCAGGGCUGAGCCCAAACUCUCUGGUGCACUGUGUGAUCAAGCACACCUGCAAGGAGGGCCUCAAGGAGCCCAUGGUGAAGAGCCUGUUUGGUCUGCUUGCCAACCUAGCCCUGUCUGCCGAGUGUAGAAACAUCAUCUGGAAGAGUAACUUCCUGCAAGACUUCAGCAACCUUAACCCAAAGCGCUCGAAGGCAUUCAAGUCUAAAGGGAAACAAUACCUCACUGAGACGCUGUGGCUAGAGUUACUUCUCAACCUGUCCUUUUCCUUGGAGGGUCAACAGAUGAUCCUGAAAAUUCCAGACUGUGUGGACAUUCUACUGGAGUUUUUGGAGAGCCCCCAGUCUGGUCUGCAGGAGUCCGCUGUCGUGGUGAUACGUAACCUCUGCUGCCACACCAGUAACAAGCCUAAACUCCUGGCUAGUGAAAAAUUGUUGCCAAGGUUACUCCAGUGUGUCGAGUCUGACAUGGAAAAGUUGAGGACAGGGGCUGCGUCUGCCCUCUGGGCCCUGGUCUACAACAACCAGAAGGCGAAGGUGGUCAUGAAGAACUGCAACGUGGCUGCUAAGCUGCAGGAGAUGCUGUCAAGUUGGGAGGACGACACUGGGCCUCUGUCAGACACCUGUCUACUGGACAUAAAUGCAGUGAUCACCACCGUCAGUGAAUAGAUCGCCACCGUGAAUAAACAGAUUAUCACUGUCAGUGAAUAGACUCCGCAAAGGGCUACACUUCAUAAAAACUCACUGGUGGUACAAAUGAGUCUUGUUAUUGGAAACUUGGCAUAAUGCUUUAGGUUAAAGUGUCUGCCAUUGUAAAAUUGGUUAUAAAAAUCUCUUUGCGCAUAAAUCGUUAUUGUUUGUAUGAAUUAUUAGUUGAUCACAUAUGACAGCAUUUGUUUUAUGUUUAGAUUAGAUGUUUUUUUCUGAAGCUGUGAAGAUUAAGAGUUACUUUCUUUACAUUUAUAAGAAAAACUUUCUAAAUGAAAGACAUUUGUAAGAUACUAAGAAAAUCGCAACAUAUAAAGUUAAAUAAACUAUGCAUACAUAUUUUUUGGUAAUAGACAAAUAUGCUUAGUCAGUAAUUGUAUCCUAAUUUAAGUGGGUCAUACAAUGUUAAGUACCAAUGAUUCAAAUGCCUCCUGUAAAUAGGAAUGUGCUAUUAUGACAUUAGACUGAGUUUGUCAAUUAGUUACAAAUCUUAGCCUUGUUCUUUAUAAAAUAUGUGUGUUGUUAACUUGUGUAAUAAGUAAGGAUGCUAUGUCCAUUGAAUAGUAUUCUAUAAAAAUAUGCUGUGUGGUUAAUUUAAGCGCAAGAACAGUAGCUUUCAUGAUGUAUAACCUCUUUGUUCCUUUAGUCUGACUAUUGGUCUGUUUGGAAACUUGCCCUGACUUGAAGGCCACCAAUUAUUUUAGGAGUUCACAAUUAUUUUAGGAGUUCAAAAUAACCUUGUGUGCACAUGUCUUACUCAUGUAAAAUCAUUUACUGAACGCAAGACUGCAAACUUUGAAUGUCAAGUCAUGCUGACUCUUUUGCUGAACUUCAUUAAAUUAAUGUGCUUUUGAAGACAUCAAAAUAAAUGCUACACUAGAGUAGAUGAAACAUCUUAUGUUUCACACAAGAAUCAUAUACAAAAUAAAAGCACUUUGUCAAAAUUUUGCCCUUUUUUGCAUAAUUAUGCUGAUCAUUUUUAGUGUAAAUGCAGUAUUUGGAGGAAUUUUCACAUUGAAUCCGUGUGGUAGUUAAAUUAACUCUAGCAGUAAAAUAAAGUGUCAGAACAUUUUCUGUGAUAGGUUUAGAAAGUUCAGUAAAGAUUUGAUGAAUAUAGCAUUACUUUUAAUCAGUAGCGGAUAUAUGUUUAUUGUAAGGUUGGCACUGUUCAUUCAACACUUAUUUAUUAAUUCAUAUUUUGAACAAAUAAAAUAUAAAUUUAAGGAAGGCAUUAAACAAUUGUAAUCAGAGAGAUAACUGAACUUAUACUUGUUUAUUCAUUUGAACAUAACUUUCAGCGUUCAAAUUUGCCCCAUUUUGUACAUUUUAUGUUUUCCGUCCAAUUGUAUCGUGCUGAGGAUAAAUAGAAAGAUUUGUUGUAGUAUUUAUGUAAUAAACACAAAAAAGGUU